UACCCGCCCAACAACAAGAAGCUCGAGCCAGCCAACAUGGCCGACCUGGGAAAGAAGUACUGCGUGAACUGCCUGGCAGACGUUACAAAUCUCCGGCUUCGUUGCACCGACUGCCCCGAUAUCGAGCUGUGCCCCGAGUGUUUCUCGGCCGGCGCCGAGAUCGGCAACCACCGGCGAUGGCACGGCUACCAGCAAGUCGACGGCGGUCGGUUCUCUCUCUGGGGUACUGAGGCGCAGGGAGGAUGGACGAGCAGGGAAGAGCAGUCGCUCCUCGAUGCCAUCGAGCAGUACGGCUUUGGAAACUGGGAGGACAUGGCUGCCCAUGUUGGAGCUAAUCGGACUCCCCAGGAAGUGAUGGAGCACUACGUGACCAUGUAUAUCCACGGCAACCUGGGAAAGGCCUGCAUCCCCGACAACAUCCCCAACCGGGUGACCGACCACACAUGCCCAAGUGGGGGCCCGCUAUCACCCAGCCUCACCACCCCGCUACCCCCACUGGACAUCAGCCUGGCCGAGCAGCAGCAGCUAGGCUACAUGCCGCUGCGGGACGACUACGAGAUUGAGUACGACCAGGACGCUGAGAAGCUAAUCAGCGGCCUGUCGGUCAACUACGAUGACGAGGACGUGGAGAUCGAGAUGAAGCGUGCCCACGUAGACAUGUAUGUGCGCAAGCUACGUGAGCGGCAGCGGCGGAAGAACAUUGCUCGGGACUACAACCUGGUACCUGCCUUUCUGGGGCGGGACAAGAAAGAGACACGAGACAAAGACAAAGUGGGUCCACUAGGAGUUGUCGGCGUGGCUUGUGGGGGGAUUGGAGCGGGUGCUGGCGGCCCCACAGUAGGGCCUGGCUCCACAACGGCAGCAUCAACGUGUCCUGUCCCCACCACGCCCAAAAGGAAAAUCACCAAGGAGGAAAAGGAUCAGAGGGUACGCCUACGGGGACUCUGCCAGUUCAUGGCCCACCGAGAAGUUGAGGAGCUCUUUGAAAACAUGUACAAGGAGCGCACACUGAGGGCCAAAGUUCGUGAGUUGCAGCGAUACCGCCGCAAUGGCAUCACCCGCAUGGACGAGUCUGCUGAGUAUGAGGCAGCACGGCACAAACGUGAGAAGCGCAAAGAGAACAAGAGCGUGGCCAUCUCCAAGCGGGGAGGUGGGAUGGGACUCGGUGGGGCAGGAGGGAGCACUGUCGGCGGGUUGGGUGUCGGCUGCGUGAUCAAAGAGGAAGGAAAAGAAGGAGAGUUUGCUGCCAUCGAGAACCUGACGGGCUUCGAGCUGCUGUCUGACCGUGAGAAGGUCCUGUGUAACUCUCUCAACCUGAGCCCCACCCGCUACCUGACGGUCAAGACCAUCAUUAUCAAGGACCACCUGCAAAAGAGGCAGGGCAUCCCCGCCAAGAGCCGGCUGCCCAGCUACCUGGACAAGGUGCUCAGAAAGCGCAUAGUCACCUUCCUCACAGAGAGCGGUUGGAUAUCCAGAGAUGUGGCUUAAACUACUGACUUGUGGCCUUGUGAAUGUGUGCAGUUGAGCCCUGCUAUUCUUGGGGUUAUGUUCCCAGAUGACACGCAAAUAGCAAAAAUAUCACAAAAAAUUGAUAUGCACAUAAAAAGCUGUAAAACUUACCCUAAAAUUAAACUAUAUUUGCUUAUUUUUGAUACAUUACACAUGAAGAAACAACUGCAUAUGUUAUACAUUAUUACAGUACUUGCAAAACAUCCAGUUACACAUCGCAUCUUGCUAAAGCAUCUUCCUGCUGGAAAAUAUUGAGUGAAUUGACUUUUGAGACAGCGCCUCUGCUGGAGUCAGAGUUGGAGCACACUUGUUCCCCCACCCCUGCAGAUACUGCCGCCCAACCACAUUCUAUUUAAGUUACCAUUAAAACAACAAUUAAAAGCAGAUAUGAGAGAUCCUGAAAUUAUGCGGGGGGAUUGCCGAACCAUGAAUAGAUGGGGAUGUACUGUACAGUAAAGGAAACAGUGCAAAUGAGACGUAUUUGUGUGAAUUAUCAGUAUUUUGUUGGUUUGUUGACUUGGCACAUGUUCACGUGAGAUCUCAACACGCUUCACCACUUUGAUGACAGUUAUUGUUUAAGGAGCAACUACUCUCUUAUUUAUAAACAGUGCAAACACCACAUAGGCUCCCCAUAUAAAAAGACUCGCAACCAGUUGAACUCCUGAAUGAAUGGCUCAUUUUUAAGGGUUGGCGUUGCUUUGCACACUGCUGAUAAAACAAAGGAAUUUGAUGGUGACCCACAAAAUAAAAUGUCAGUAAAUUGUUUUCGAAUGCACUUUUGGUAGAGGCUGACUGCUGCUUUUUAGCAUCAAGCUAGUCAAAAGUUGUGUUUAGGCACAACCAGGUGUGUUUUAGUCCCCUGUGAAUCGUCAUUGCUGUUGAAAUGUGAUAUCACUGUCCAAGCUCAUUCCUAAUUUGGCUUUUGCUCCAAUUUGAAUAAUUUCUAUAAACUAUUAAUCAUAAUUGCAUUGUCGUCACCUUGCAAACUUCACUUUGUGUCCUUAUAUUUUGAAUCUGAAAGGAAAGUUUGCUUACCUAAUCCACCCACAUGUAGAUGUAUAAAUAAUUAUUUUUAUAAAAAAUGACAUAACUACUUACCUGUACAGGAUUUUGUGUAAUGGAAGAAUUUUUUUGUAAAGGAUUUCUAAUUAAAACAUUUUGUAUUACA